AUGUUUCCAUUGUCUCAAUUCAUUCACCAAGAAAGCACAUUUUCAGGUCUUCUUCUUCUCUCCACUGCUGCACGUAGUGAGCUCGCUGCCUCUCAAGCUGCUUUAGCACGCGCCACUUCACAUCGUUUUCUCGUGGCUCCAGGUGCCCGGUGCUGUCAGUGUCGUCGACGCAUCGGUACCAGUGCCUUUGUCCGCUAUCCAAGCACUGGAGAAUUGGCUCACUAUGGUUGUUGUCGCGAUCUCCCACCAGCACCCCCUCUACCACAACUACACUCACAUUUACUCUCACAGUCAUAUACGCCUGUACAAACAAGCCAGAUCCAUUAUCAGCCUCAUCUCGUUCAUCUAAAAAAGCAACAAUCUUUUUCCAAUCCACAGGCUUCUGACCCGAAGCAGUCUACUGCCAUGGCUAAGCCAGAUUCGGUUAAAGUGUCGUCCCGUUGUAUUUACAUUCCCUCUUCUCACUCCCCAGUUUCACGCAUCCCAAUGUUUCAGGCCAUUGAAAAUUCCCCUUCCGUCACGUCAGCUACUCCGAUAUCCAACCAGGGCACUAAACAACAUCACGGCUUAAAUGGAUCGACUCCUACUGCUUAG